AUGGUAUCGUUGCUAAGAAAGAACGCUGAUGUCUUCGCAUGGAGCUCGUCUGAUUUUGUGGGUGUGGCGCCAGAGUUGAUUCUUCAUCGGCUCAAUGUAGACCCUACCAUGCGACCUGUGCAACAAAAAAAGAGAAAUUUCAGCAUAGAGAAAAACCAGGUGAUCAAAGACGAAGUGGAAAGGCUGUUGAACGCUGGGUACAUUACCGAAGUCCAAUAUACAGAUUGGUUAUCCAACGUUGUUGUAGUUCCUAAACCAGGAGGGAAGUGGAGAGUUUGUAUCGAUUUCACGAACUUAAACAAGGCGUGCCCAAAGGAUCCGUACCCACUUCCUCGAAUUGAUGCAUUGGUGGACUCUACAGCAGGAUAUGAGCUAUUCUCCAUGAUGGACGCUUAUCAGGGCUACCAUCAAAUUUUCAUGGCAGAAGAGGAUCAGAGUAAGACUUCAUUUGUUACUGAAAGGGGAAUAUAUUGCUAUAAGGUGAUGCCCUUUGGGCUGAAGAAUGCGGGGGCCACAUACCAGUGGCUAGUGAAUAAAAUGUUUGAAGAUCAGAUUGGAAGAACUAUGGAGGUUUAUGUUGACGAUAUGCUGGUAAAGAGCUCGAGGUCGCAAGAUCAUAUAGUUUAUCUUGAACAAACUUUUGCGACGCUCAGGCAAUUCAGAAUGAAGUUGAAUUCGAUGAAACGCACCUUUGGAGUGACAGGGGAAAAAUUCCUGGGGUACCUAGUCAGCGAGCAAGGUAUUGAGAUGAACCCUGAGAAGAUAGAGGCAAUACUGAAGCUAAAGUCGCCAACCACCAUUAAAGAAGUCCAGAAACUUACCGACAAUGCGGUUAGUUCAGCCUUGGUCAGAGAAGAAGAUGGGGUGCAGAGUCCGAUAUACUAUGUGAGCAAGAUGUUGCAAGGGGCGGAGAAAAGGUAUGCACAGAUUGAGAAACUGAUAGAGGGCACUUACAAGACCAAAGAAGAGAGCAUGAUAUUAUACCACACCAAAGCGAAAUCCAUAAUGUCCAAAUUUAACAAGUGCCAGGUGCACCAAAUUCCAAGACAUGAAAAUGACAGAGCCAAUUCAUUAUCGAAGUUUGGCGCUACUCUGUCGGUAAUUAGAAAUCGCAAGAUUAUUGUGAUGAUCAAAGAGACAUCCGCGAUCACUGAGAGUAUUGACGUUAAUGCAGUAAAUGAAAAGCCGUCAUGGAAGGAUGAGAUCGUCCAAUAUUUGAAAGAAGGAAGUUUACCUGCUGACCCCAUUGGUGCGCGAAGAUUGAAGGCAAGAGCAGCUCGUUUUACGUUGGUUGAUGAACAAUUAUACAAAAGAACCAUAGAAAGGCCUUUAUUGAAAUGUCUUGAUCCGGAGAAAGCUGAAUACAUUAUGAGGGAAAUUAAUGAAGGGAGUUGUGGAAAUCACUCUAGGGGAAGGUCGCUAGCACAAAAAGUUAUCAGACAAGGAUAUUUUUUGCCAACCCUAGUGGAAGACACGAAAGAGUUAGUCAAGAAGUGCGAGGCCUGUCAAAAAUUUGCAGUACAGAUUCACGCACCUGCGACCUAUAUGGAACCAGUUAAGAUUGCUUGUCCCUUUGACCAAUGGGGGAUAGACAUCUUAGGGCCUUUCCCCACUACGCGAUCUCAGAAAAAACUCAUUGUGGUAGCAGUUGUGGAGUAUUUCUCCAAAUGGGUAGAAGCAGAGGCUGUGGCUAAGGUCGAGGUCGCUAACAGGAUCAUCCUUCAGCAUUUGAAGACAAGACUAGAUUCCAAAAGAUCAUGGUUGGACGAAUUACCUGGGGUUUUGUGGGCAUUCCGGACUACUCCUAGAUCAUCAAUAGGUGAAACACCUUUUUGCCUUGUAUUUGGUACUGAAGCUCUUAUUCCUGCAGAGAUAGGCGAGGAAUCACAUCGGGUGACUAUGUACAAUCCAAUGACCAAUCACGAGGAGCGCUUGCUGGACUUGGAACUAAACGAGGAAAAAAAAAGGGAGGUCGCGUACGCAAAAAUGCUACAUCAUAAAAGCUUGAUGAUGAGGAGUUACAACAAAAGAUUGAGGCCCAGACAAUUCCAAGUUGGAGAUCUUGUUUUGAAGAAGGUGGAGGUGUCGAAGCACGUGGGAAAGCUGGACCCAGGCUGGGAAGGACCCUAUAAAGUUACAGAAAUCAAACGAAGAGACACCUAUCGCCUCUAG